CAUAAAUACGACAUACAUUUCCGGGUUAGUACCGAUUUCCAGCUACAUGCGGUCUUGGGUCUGUUGAAUUUUUUCUUCCUUUGGGCUCCUGCAUCAGGAGAGUGUAGUCAUGGUAAAUGUACCAAAGACCCGCAGGACCUACUGCAAGAAAUGUAAGAAACAUCAAACUCACAAAGUUACGCAGUACAAGAAGGGCAAGGAUUCUUUGUAUGCACAGGGAAAAAGAAGAUACGACAGAAAACAGAGUGGUUAUGGUGGCCAGACCAAGCCUAUUUUCAGGAAGAAGGCUAAAACUACAAAAAAGAUUGUCUUGAGGUUAGAGUGUGUGGAGCCCAACUGUCGGUCCAAGAGAAUGGUGCCCAUCAAGAGAUGCAAACACUUUGAACUGGGAGGAGACAAGAAGAGAAAGGGCCAGGUCAUCCAGUUUUAAUGUUUUCAAUUUCCUGUCCAUAAAAUAUGUAUCCUAAGUCUAA